UUCUGCAUUAAUUGGUGAAAAGCCCUUGCAAACUAAAACGGCUAACGUUUGUGCGCGUCCGAGUGUUGUGUGURYGUGUAUAUGUGUGUCAGUGUAGCGGGCGGCGUAAAAUAACUAAAAGUAGAGUUACUACUGUUGUUGCUAUAACCCCAACUAAAGCAUGGAAGGAGCUACACAAGUUGCGGCUCCACCUGUAGGUGGGUCGCGUGGCGGUGGCUACAGAGGUCGCGGUGGAGGUCCUCCCAUGCGCGGUGGUUUUGAGCGCGGACGUGGUCGGGGCAUGGGUCGCGGUCACUUUAUGGGUGGCAUGCGUGGUGGCGGUAUGGGCGGCGGUGGUCCCCCAAUGCAGGGUAUGAUGCAGGGUCCGCCGCGCGGCAUGCGUCCUCGAGGCGGUUUGGGCUACCAGGGCCGUGGUGGUGGCGGCGGCUUUCAACCACGCGGUGCUCCUAUGGGCAUGCGAGGUGGACGCCCACCCCUAUACCAGCAGCCACCUAAGCAGCACACGGGUGCCGACAACAAUAAGACGGUAUCGCCGGUACCCACAGCUACGGCAGCUGGGGAGCAGCAAGCCGGCGAAACUACAGCUGAAGAUGGCACGGAUGCAGUAGCUGCAUCAGCUGGAACAGCCACAGCAGUGGUGAACACGCACGGAGCGAGCGGUGCGCCUGGUAGCAGCAACAGCAACGGUGGAGGCCCACCGCCAUAUGUAGGUCGUGGACGAGGACGUGGUGGCCCGUUCGGAGGUCGUGGACGAGGUGGCGGUUACAACCCACACAUGAACGGCAGCGGCGGUAAUGGAAUGUACCCGCACUCACAUCAUAACAACUCCAUGGGCGGACCGGGGGGCGAGCAUGGAGGAAUGCCGCGUCGUGGCUCGAUGCGCGGACGUGGCGGUGGUUACAAUCAAGGUAUGAGUCGGCCACCCAUGCAACAUCACCAACAGGCUCAUAAUGUCAAUACACAAAUUGCACCGGUACCAGCUCUCAAACGUGGCGCACCCGGAGGACCAGGUCCCAAGCGUGGACGAUACGAGGGAGGACCCUAUAGCCAGCGCCCCAUUGCACCAAAGUAUCAUGCGGCGUCCCAGCAUAUGUCACAAACAACAUAUGGCUCCCCACCCAGCCAUCAUGCUCCAGCCCCAAGCCAUCAUGGUGGCUAUCAGGCGCACGACCAGACCCAACAGGUCGAUCCAUACUCACAGAGCGGCUACGGCGCAUCAGCAACUUCUCAGCAAGGUUAUAAUGGCUAUGGUCAGAGCAGCGGCUAUGCAGCACACACAACCCAGGCAAAUACAACGGCCAGCAGCAGCUAUGCGUCGCAUCACGGCAGCGAGUACGAUCAAAGCCAAUAUCAAGGCUAUAACAGCUCCACGGGCUAUGCCGCCCAGCCGGACACGCGCUAUCAGUCAUAUAGCCAGGACUACAGCCAGCAGUAUGGCUCGACAGCAGUUGAUUACAAUUCAGCCGGGCAAGCGGACUACAGUCAGCAGAGCGCCAGCUAUGAUGAACGCGCCUAUGCUGGCUAUGAUUCGCAGGCAUAUUCGCAGAACUAUUCAAAUGCAGCUGCCUAUUACUAAACAACAACAGUUUGCCGCAUCCCUCGAAUGGCGAUAUACAUUUUAGUGAAGAACGCUGCGCGUGCUCCAACACGUAUGCCAAAUACCAAAACAAGGGAUUAGGGCCAGCUCGAGCAUAAUAAUAUGAUGAUUAACGCAGAAAUUUGAAUGCUAUAUAAAUUAAUACCUACACGUAGACACACAUACACACAUUACACUCAAACACACACAAUUAGAUUAAGAAUAAAGUUCUCUUUUCCUAGCGUUUAAGUUGAAACGUGUUGCUACGUCUUGAUUUGCACCUCCCCUGCCCCAGCAACCUAUCCAAUUAUCCAAAACCUUUGUGUUUGUUCGUCUUUGCUUGACCAAUACCCGAUCCAUGUGACUGGCGAUAAUAUUAUAUUGCCUGUUAUUAAAUGUUUGUUAGUGGACAAAAGGAGCCUUGCGUCGAUUAAAAAGCUCCGGCCUAUAAAAACGAAUUAUGUUUAUUUCUUUUUAUUUUACAAUUACCAUUAAAUUUAUUCAAUUUAUCUAUCUUGAUGAAUGAAAGCCUAAACUAAAAAAUAUCAAUUAUGUGAAUCAUGUCAUAUUGUAUACAAAAAUUGCAAUGUAUAAAUUUUAGUUAAUAAGCAAACUGCUAAUAUGCAAAACAUCUCUACAAAUGGAACGUUUGUUUAUUUCUACAUUUUUUUUUUUUUAUCUGAAAUAUCUGAACAUUUAUUUAAGACUUUUCAAAUAUUUUUUGUUUCUAUAAUCUAUUGACGUGAAAAAGAACACAGCUAUAAUUUCUUUUCCUAUUAAUAGCAACAAGUUAAGCAACAAAAUCGUAAUAAUGUAAUUCUUAUUCAUUAAGCUGAGCAAAACAAAAA